AUGCAUGUUUUAGGAAUUUUGGUAAUUUGCACUGCCCUAUUGGGCUUUGUUUUCACCCUACCCAUGGUAACACGCGUGGAAACUGAUCCGGAAUUAACUGCAGGAUUUGUAGAGGGUGACAUGAUAUUGGAUAUCAAUUUACGUAAUGGUUUGCGUGAUAAGGUCUACAAAUGGCCCAACAAUACAGUCUACUAUAAAUUCCAGACAAAAUUUGAUGAAGCCCACCAUAAUCACAUUUUGCGUGGCAUGAAAAUCAUUGAAGAUGUUUCCUGCAUACGUUUCGAAGAGGCCACCGAAAACACCCCUCACUACGUAAAUAUCACCGGCAAUCCAGGCGGUUGCUCUUCCACAGUCGGUUACCGCAGCAAUAGAUCUCAGAAUUAUAAUUUACAAUUGUAUCCCUUGGAUGAGGGCUGUUUCCGCUUGGGUACAAUUGUCCAUGAAUUUUUGCAUACCCUUGGUUUCUAUCACAUGCAGAGCAGUGCCAAUCGUGACGACUAUGUCUUCAUCAAUGAGACGAACAUUCAAGAUGGUAAACUUCACAAUUUCAACAAAUAUGAUACGGAGACUGUCGAUGAUUUCGAUCAGGGAUAUGAUUAUGGCAGCGUUUUGCAUUAUUCCGCCUUUGCAUUCUCGGCCAAUGGUGAAAUGACCAUUGUACCAUUGAAGGAAGCUGAAGCUGCUGGUAUUAUGGGCCAACGUCGUGGCAUGAGCAAGAGUGAUAUUGAUCGUUUGAAUUUAAUGUAUCGUUGUCCGGUUAAAGUUUAAA